CAGACCACAGAAGAGGAGCUGGAUUCAGCCAAUCAAAUGCGUCUGCUGAAGGAGGUGGAGUCCAUGUUGGAAACCAUCAGAGCUGUCAACCUGACGGCUGCCAGCAUCUCAGCCAAUCAGGAGCUCAGCCUCGCACAGCCUCUCCUCACCUCGCUGCAGGUGGACUUCCUGUCCAGAAAGGUGGCGGUGGACAACAGGCUCCGCCCCCUUUCUGCUGCUCUCACCGCUGGCAUGGAAACACUGCAACACACGCGCACACACCUGAGCGAGGCAGCAGAACGAAACACAGACACACACACUCUGCUGGACGCCACACACACUCUACUGCUCCACUACCAGUCUCUCCAUCAGAACCUGACUCAGGUGUGUCUCUCUGUGGACGGCGUGAUGGAGGACAGCCAGAUGCUGCUGGACGACACUGUCAGCCUGACGGAGGAAUUGACCAACACCACCGCGGUGGAGGUGUUCAGCGGGCAGGUGGAUCAGUGGCGCCCCCUGCUGGCGAAGCAGGUGGACACUUUGGUUGUUGGACUGAGAAAGACGGACGCUCCGGAGAACGUUUACCGUGCAGAAAGCCACGCCCAGCUGCUGCAGAGCCACGCCCACUCCCUGCACAGGUCUCUGUCGUCAGUGUGUAACGUUUCUCAGAACGGUAGCCGAUUGGGUCAGCUGGACAGGGACAUCACAGAACGUGUUGACUAUGCCCAGCAGGCGGCCUCGAUCGCCCGCGUCUCCGCCUCCCUCGCUCUCAACAUGAGCGUCCAAUCAGAGCAGCCGCUGUCAGAGGAGGGCGGGGCCAAGCUGAAUGUCAGCUGUGCUCUUCUAGAAGAAAGUCGACGAAUCAACGAGACGGCUCAAGUCCUGCAGCUGGAUGUCUCGAGGAUAUACAGUAGACUGGGAUUGGUCAGAGAGAGUGUCCGGAACUCCAGCCUCCUCCUCCGUCAGCCAAUCACAGAGCUGCAGAGUCUCUCUAACGGUUCGUCCGUGGCGCUGCAGCAGGUGCAGCUUCAGGCGGCAGCGGCGAGCUCCGGCCUGCAGGAGGCGCUGCAGCGGCUGCACAGACUCAGACAGCAGCUGCGGGAUUCUUCUUCUGUGGUGGAAAACACCAACAACACAGUGAGGGAGACCAACCAGCUGGUGACUCGCACUCAAGCCGCAGCCAAUGAGAUGCAGCAUAAGCUGGAGGAGGCGGAGCGUCGUACAGAGCGCCUGAUGGACCGGAUAAAGCCACUGAGCAUGCUGGGAGAAACACUGAGCCGGAAUCUGUCUGACAUCAAAGAGCUGAUCGAUCAGGCCAGGAGGCAGGCCGCCUCGAUCAAGGUGGCGGUCCAGGCGGACAGAGACUGUGUUCGGUCCUACAGACCACCCACUGAGUCCAGUAACUUCAACACUCUGAGUCUGAUCCUGAAGACGUCCAGUCCAGAUAACCUGCUCUUCUACCUGGGCAGCAACACCACGGUGGACUUCCUGGCAGUAGAGAUGCAUGAUGGGAAGGUUUCCCUGCUGUGGGACGUGGGUUCGGGCAGCACCAGACUGGACUUUCCCGGACUGGACAUCACCAACAACAGAUGGACCAGAAUCAACGCUACACGGUUUGGGGCCCACGGCGCUCUGUCGGUCCAUCAGCUGGAGUCCGAGUCGGCUCCGCUGCCCACGGUAACAGCGACAUCACCGGGACCGUCACGGGUUUUAGACAUCGACAGAAACACGGUGAUCCACAUCGGAGGACUGGGAGCUCACACUCAGGUAACACACACACACACACACAUCAGGGGUCCAGAGCCCACAGCGCUGAGGACCUCCACCUUCCAGGGCUGUCUGGGUGAAGCAUCGCUCAACGAGAGAAACGUCGGUCUGUGGAACUACGACAGCCGAGAGGGAGAGUGUGGAGGCUGCUUCAGCAGUCCCCAGGCGGAGGAGACGUCCUUCCACUUUGAUGGAUCUGGAUUCUCAUUGGUUCAGAAGUCUCUGCGAGCAACCUCCACCUCCAUCGUCCUACUGUUUAAAACGCUGUCUCCGGGCGGAUUGCUGCUGUACCUGGCCUCCAACAACACGAGGGACUUCUUGUCCAUGGAGCUGGUGGAGGGGCGUGUCCGUCUGACCUAUGACCUCGGCUCAGGAGCUCUGAUGCUGACCUCCACCAAGAAGUACAACACAGGAGUCUGGUACAAGAUCACGCUGCAGAGGAACAAACGCAAAGGUGACCUGCUGCAGGCUCACAGUGAUCAGUCGUUCCUAUCAGUAAACAAUCGUUCCCGUCAGUGA